AUGGCAGAGACCGACCAAGCAAGACCUCUAGCCCCAGCUACAGAUCACAGCAGCGACGAUGAAGAGGCCCUCAAAAGCAAGCACCGUAGGAGAAUCAAGGUAUGUGGGUGCGUAACUGCAACCCUACUACUCCUAGUCAUAGUAAUUGUGAUCUUAAUAUUCACAGUGCUUAAGGUCAAAGAUCCCAAACUAACAACCAAUGAGAUCACACUCACAACACUUGACAUCUCCAUCAACAAUGCAAUUCCCCCUCAAGUUAAGGUGAACAUGUCCAUGUUGGUCGACAUGUCCAUUAAGAAUCCUAACGCAGCAUCGUUCAAAUUUAAUGAGAACUCCACCACAACUAUCUUUUACCACGGCACAUCAAUCGCCGCCGUAAAAAUUCCGUCGGGUUUAGCAAAGGCCCGCCGGACUUUGAGAAUGAAUGCGACGGUGGAUAUCAUGGCGGAUCGCCUUGCUAAUUCUAGUCCGGAUUUAGUGAAAGAUGUGAGGAAGGGAGAGAUGACCAUGAACAGCUACUCGGUUAUUCCAGGGAGAGUGAAGGUUUUGUUUGUUAAGAAACAUGUUGAGAUUAGGAUGAAUUGCACUUUGACGAUUAAUAUUUCCAGCAGGGAAGUUCAGGAUAUGGCUUGCCAACGUAAGGUGAAACUUUAG